GAAAGAGAGAGAGAGAGAAAGCGCCGAAACGAGCGAGAGAGAAAGAGAGAUCGCGCGCGUGUGUUUCCCUACGACGUGCGUUACACUGAGAGAUCGCGCGGACCGCGGAGCGCGUGUUUCGCGUACACUUCGUUCUGCCGGCUACUCCACUUCUUCUCGUUCGUACGUACUUCGCGUUGUUUCACGUCGUGUGUCGUCCCUCUCUGUCUCUCUGCCUUCCUCUUCCUCUUACUGUCACUCUCUCACUCUCAAUCUCUCGAGUUACGUUCUUCGUGCGGUGUCUCAUCGUCUUCUUCUUCUUCUUCUUCUUCUUCUUCUUCUUCUUCUUCUUCGUCGUCGUCGUCGUCGUCGUCGUCGUCGUCGUCGUCGUCGUCGUCGUCGUCGUCGUCGUCGUCGCGAUCGUCGUUAUCGCGCGUCCCGGCGAGCUCUGACGCGUCGUGCAAGUGGUAGUUGUAAUCCAACGUCGUGACCGAUAACAUCGUCAACGCACCGUCAUCGUCGGCGUCGGCACUACUCGCGACUCGGACUCCUCUCUCCGACCCGGCCGGCACGGCCACCGGUGAUCGUCUGCCGUGGAAGAGGUAGCGCGCGGCACACGGAACCGGUGAACGUGGAGGAUCGCUCCACGCGCCUCGUUCUCUACCGGCGCGAGGGCUAUCAGCUUAUCGGCGUGCUCCUCUGGUCUGGCUUCCAACGUCGUCGUCGUCGCCGUCGAGGCAGACCCCGCGAGUCAACCGGCAGAAGCAGCACGCGACGACGGGUGUCGCGCGUCGUCAGUGUCACGCAGUCGUCGUCCCCGACGACGUCGUCUUUGUCACGUUCGUCGCAGUCAUCGUCGUCGUCGUCAUCGUUGUCCCACGUGAGCUCCGGUGCCGCGCUCGGACCGUGGCGCGCGCUAGUUUCCCGUGCUGCGACAGGAGGGAUUAUUCAGUGGCGAAGAGAGGCGGAGGAGGAAGAGGCCGAGGAGGAGAGCCGCGAGAGUGCGACGACCGAACUCAACCGUCCGUUCGUCCGCCCGUCCGCCCGUCCGUCCGACAGUAGUGUACGGCGUUUGUUGUUUCGUUCGGCCGGCUCCGCGCGCCGGCCGCCGAUUCGCCGCGCGACUGGCGACUCGCGGACACGAGUCCGCAGCAGAGCGGAGCAAUCGCAAAUAGUACGCGAGUGUGUCGUGGACGCGUCAGUGUGUGACCAAGUUUUGCGCGUCUCCCGUUGCGUACACGCAUACGUGCACACAUGCGAGACACAUACGCGCGUCUUUCUUAUCACGGCGGUGCGUGGUCGCGACCGUCGGGGGGUCGUAGCGACAUUCCCUCCGGCGAGUAAGGGGACAGUGGCGCGUCGAUAGUGAACCGCGGAUCAGUCGAGAUUAUCCGCGAGGUUAUCAGGGUGUGCGCGCGUUUUCGCAGCGAAGAGUCUCAGGAGACGAUCCGAGAAGGACGAAGGAGAGAAGCGGAGAAGAGACUCGCCGGCGUCGUCGUCGUCGUCGUCGUCGUCGUCGUCGUCGUCGUCGUGGUCUCGCGCUCGGACAGAGAGCGAGAGAGACUCUCCCGGAUAUAUUCAUCGUGCACGCACGCAUCUCUCGCGCAUACAUACGUAUAAAUAGACGACGCGUACGCGUGCUGGCUCGCGCGCGCACACGCGAGCGAGCAAGCGGUGCGACCCACCGAUUACGCGCGCAACGUGCCCCCCUCGUCGUCAUCGCGCGACCUCCGCGACCGUUCCUGCUGCACGCUUUUACUCCCCGCGCGCUCCGCUCAUCGCCCUCCCCUCCCCCUUCACCUCUUUGGCCACUACUGAGGACUUUUUGGCGCCUCUCUGUGUGCGCUCUUCCGCUUUUUCGGGUUGUGCAAGCGCUCUUGACUUCGUCGUCGUUGCACUUCCCCGCGCGGGCGCGACUCCUGCGACCUUCGCGCCCUUUCGUCGCGAGUCCUUAACCCGCGCCGCGUGUCUCUCUUUUCGUUCCGCCUCCCUCUCUGUCUCUCUGAGACGCGCGUGUUCAACACGUUUCUCUCACUAUCACACGAUACUUGCUUUACGUUUCUUCCGCGCGCGGCUCGCCUCUCGCGCGGUCACUCUCUCUUUCGUUCGCGUUCCGCGCGCCGGCAAAACACGACGCUUCUAAACUCCGUCGCUGGUCUCGUUUUCGCUAUCCCGUGGGUCCCACGGCGACUUUCUCCGUCGUGUUCUCCCCCUCCCCCCCGCUCAGUGCACGCGUGCAAGCACGCAUAAGCGAACGAACGCACCUCGACACACCUGACAGAGUCAGGCACUCUCUUUCCCUCCGCUUGCACUUUUGUCUGUUUCCUUUUUCGUUUCUGCCUCUUUCACUCCGUACGUCAUUCUCGAUUCAGUCACGUGGGCGAAGCCUAAACUGGCCGAUCGUCGAACGUCAUCGUCCUCUGCAUCGCAGUCAUCGUCGUCGCCGUCGUCGUCGUCGUCGCCGUCGUCGCCGUAGUCAUCGUCACGACGCAGUCGUCGUCGCAGCGCACGCAGUGUGAUACUUAAAUAAGCGCAAUUUAAGUAUACAACGUUUCAUCCUGUGUGACCAAUGCAUCGCGAGACGAUGCACCGGUGACGUGAUCAACCCGCGCGUCGCGCGACGCUCGAUGCCCAACGUCCCCCGCGUUCAUCCCCUUCGCAUCACGCACGUGUGCGUGCGUGUAGGUUGAGACGACGCAUGUAUGCGCGCGUGUACUUUCCGAAAAGCCAGACCAGGAACACUCUUUCUCCCUCUUUCUCUCUCUCUCUCUCUCUCUAUCUCUCAUCUUGGUUUCCUCGGUUUCGAGUUUCGGUGCGGGUGAUACACGAGCAAGAGAGAGAGAGAGAGAGAGAAAGGAUCCGUCGCGAUGCGCGCGACGCCGACGCGCUAGGUCGCGAAAUUCGUAGGCGACGCGCGAUAUCGUGUGACCGCUUGUGUGCGGCUUGUCAGCAGAGAUUUCCGCGCGCGCGUGAGCGAUGCGAGAGGAUCGCCGGUGAGCGGCUGUCGCGGAUUCGCGAUCGCGGCUCGGCGCUUCGAGCCGAUCGUUCACUUACAGGGAAAGAGACACCCUUUGAGACGCGCGCGAAUACGGCAGAAUAAGUCUCCACAGAAUCUGCUAGAGUCGGUGCAUCGUUCGCGUCCGUGAAAUUCGCAGGAUUCCGCGGGGUCUUCGCUCGCUCAACGAUCGGUCGUGAUCUCUAUGCGCGCAUCUCCGUUCGUAAAGGAUCGCAAGGUGCGAAGGAUGCAGGUCAGCGGGAGCUAGUGGAGAACACGCGCAGCUACGUCUAUCUCAGUGGCCGAAAGUUUCGCAUUCGGUGAGCUAUGGAUAAUCGCGAAUGCUCACCUGUGCCGACGUGAGGCGCGCUAUAACGUCGAACGCCGGAGAGAACACCCUCCGUAAAUAAUUGGAGAAUUGAUGACGCCCGGUGCGUUAUUAGUAGCGCGGUUAUUAAUGACGCUCGUGAUAGGUACCGCCGACUCGGUCGGGCCGGCACAGUGUGUAUUGGUUUCCGUUUACGGAACCGCGCUUCCGCGUUGGUCACGUGCGGCCGGGGAGAAAUUUAUCGCGCCGCCAACGGCGAGAGUUUCGCGGAAGCUUAUUUAUUCUCGCCGGAUUCUCGAAUAAUGAUCGCUCGCGAGCGGCCAAUCUUCAAUAACUCCGUGGAGAAAUCUCCCGAGAAAUCAGAGUGACGCCGCGCUCACGAAGUAACGUCCGCUUGUAAUCGCGGAAAAUAGACUCGCCGUUCGCGGCAGUAGAUAGCCCUCUCCCCCCUCCCCCAUCUUCCGGGUUGCAAGAAUUAAUAUCUCGCGGAAAAAUUCAUCGAUGCGCUCGAGGCGAGAGAUCGGAAUUUUUUCAAUUCGCCAAUUUGAUACAUUGGUACACGCUAUCGCGGGCUGAAACCGACAAAAACAGGCGAGAGACUCCUCAAUGGGUUGCGGCACACAACCAGAUAGAAAGCACCCAGAUAGACUUUCAUGAUGAUUAUUAUGAUGUGAAACAAUCGAUGGUGGAAACUUUUUGAUGGAAACAAUUUUUUCAAUUGCAUUUAUAAAAUAAAUAUACUAUAUUGAAUCAAUUAUGAUAAAUAUGAUAAAUACGAGUGCAAUCUGAUCAGUCAUAAAGGACUCAACGUUGCUAAAUUUCGUGAUUCAAUAAAGUUGCUGCAAAGUUUACUGCUAUCAGUCUAUCGGCAGACUUUCGUUAUCGUCACGACAAUCGAAUUCUGGAAAUUUUACAAUUCUUUUAAUUGCAUUUAUGAAGUAAAUACACUGUAUUAAGUCAAUCAUAAAAUUUGCAUCGUAUAAUAAUACGCGAAUUAUUUUGUUACAUUGGCACAGCAACAAAUUUACUAAAAGUUACACUGAAAUUUUCAUGUUAUACUUAACAUGAUAUAUUGUUUGCGGCAAAUUUCGAUCAUUUUUUUCGUAUUUCUAAUCGGCAAUUCUGUGCAAUAAAUAUGAGUGCGAUCUGAUCAGUUAUAAGAGACUCAAUGCUGCUGAAUUUUUUUCACUUUUUUUAAUUGCAUUUACUAAUUAAAUAUACUUAAAUCACUCAUUAAAUCUACAUCGUCCAAAAAUAUGAAUUCUUGUUAUAUUGACAGCAAUUUUGCUAAAAGUCACUGAAUGUUGCACUUAACAUGAUACAUUGUUUGCGACAAAUUUUGAUGAUUUUUUUCGUGUUUCUGUCUCGUCUUUCUAGGUGAUAAAUACGAGAGCGCAAUCUGACCAAUUGUGAGAGACUCGACGUUGCUGAAUUUCGUGCUUCAAUACGCUCAAAGUUGCCGCGAAGUUUACGCGCGUCAGUCUAUCGGGGAGCACACACGUGUGAUAUUCGGCACGCAGCGCGGCGAAGAACGCACGUCGCGGACGUCGCCGCGCGCGCGCGCGCGCGAUUAUAAAUAAAACGCGCGUCGCGGACACGCGCGUCGCGUUACGUUCGCGCGCGUCUUCUCGCCGUCUUCGCGCUGUAACAGCACGUGUCAAUGAAAAUAGACCGGCCGAGUCGGUUUCGCUGGUCGAUCGAGUUUCCCGCUCGCUCGAAAUUCCCCGGCCGCACCGCUUCUCCCGCACCUUCCACGCGGAAGGUACUCGACGACAGUGUACGCGCGCCAUCAUCUCGUCGCUGUCGCCGUCGUCUACGCGCGACUAUUUUAGCGCCGUUGAAAAUAGGCGAGACCGGCCGUCUGCCGCGCUGGACCGCGAUCUCGCAUGCGUGCGAGCGGCGUGUUAGCGCGAUCCGCGAUAUCGGAUCGGCCGAGGAUCAUCUCGCGGAGGAGCGUGUCUGUCGGCUACUCCACGACUAAGGGCUCAUCUUCGCGUGUGUUCUCACGCGAGCGAGAUAUCUCGUCGUGGUCCACCAGACCUUCGCUCCUAAUGUCAAUGGACCUUUGUACCCCCGACGCGCUGGCGAUCAAUUAUCAGUCCGUGCUCGCCUGAAUCCGCAUACUAGAUACAGAUUAGUCGGACUAAUCGCGGAAGGCGCGCCGGAACAGUCGCGAAGACAUGCAACGCGGUCCCGCACUGAAAAAAAAAGUUUGGUAAUACUUAUCAAAUGCGUUUUACUAUACCAUUUGAUAAAUAGUAACCAAUAUGGUAAAUGUUACCAAAUGUUUAAUAAUAAUUAUAAAAUUGUUAGUAACAUUAACUUUCAUAGAGUAAUAUUCACUUAUAUUUAGUUAUAUUCACUUAUAUUUAAUAUUCUCUUAUAUUUAGUUGAUGACUAUUUCACUAAAUGUAGUAAUUAUAACACAGGCUGGUUAACUAUUACCAGAAAUUUUUCUCAGCGCGCAAUCGGACACAGAGUCCCCAUUAUACUUUCGCGUCGGGAUUUUCGGAAUUCGCAGUGGAUUUAAUUAAGAUCGCCCGCGUCUCGCGAACUCAAUCAGCCGGACUACUUUAAUCCGGCUAAUCUCGUUGUAUGACAAUAUUUGCUCAGUCGCCGAUCACAGCCGCGUUAGGUCUCGGGGACAGCCUGAAAGAGGAAUUACGUGGUCGACUGAAAUACGUCCGACGCGUACCUCCCCGAAUUCGCUGGCCCGCCACCAGUCGCGCGGAAAAUUCGCGAUCGAGAGAUCGCGCACAGAGAUCGUCCCCGAUCGCACAGAGCUGAGGCAGCUAAUUGACCGAGCCGAGACGAGCCCCGUCGCUUCACAAUAACGAUCUUUGCCCCUCGCAACCUCCUUCAGCGUCGCAACACGCGCCGCGCACCAGCCGUUUCUUCGCAGAAGCGCUCGCGCGCGAUUCGGGCGAGUCUGUGCCCUACGAUAAGUCGUAUAAAUGUUCCACGCCACCACGGGGACAGUGGCGAUUCGCGAGGUCGUGGUGAAUCCUGCGCGUGAAAAUGAAUGGCGUAUGGCGGAGUAUUUUUAAGUUUUGCAAGUGCUAUAAUGAGAGACAGAUACUAAGGAAUGUCGGAAAUUUGACAAACUUUUUGCCUGGCAAAUAAAAUGCCUUUUGACUGUGUUAUCGAGUUUACUUUUGGACAGCGGGUCGUCAGACUUUAAGAGAUUAUCCGAGAUCAAGGGAUGAAGUCACGAAUGAGUGACACUCGCUCGGGACAAUGCCUCUGAGCAUUGCGCGAUACGAUUAAUUGCGACUAAUGUAGUGCGGCGUGUCACAACAAUUUCCGCCAUACGACAUCACAAUUCGCGCCCCACGACACGGCAAUUCGCUGCGAUAACAUACGACCGAUUGUAGACCAGGCAUUAGCCGUAGGACGACCGGUAGCGUCGCGCGCGCGGCACGAGGGUGACCCGCGAGCCGCUCCCUCGUGCACGAGGAUCACGUGCCAUGAAUUCUCUCCCUCACGUUUAGCGGAUCCAGCGAGGAGGAAUAGCCGAGCUUCCGAGCACCGUUCGCGGCGAGGGAGGUCGAGCGACCGCCGCCAGCUCGAAAAGGAGGACUACGAUGAACAGUGACGAGGAACGACUGGGACCGAGCGUGUGUCGUGUUCGCAGACGGGACCCGGUGAGUUGUUCCCGCGGCGCGCCGCGUUGCAACGGGAGCCCGCGUGAGUCUGCCCAUCGCUGAAGACCACCCUCGCACUCGCAGAACCGUGAGCGAGAGAGAAAGAGAGAGAGAGAGAGAGAGAGAGAGAGAGAGAGAGAGAGAGAGAGAGAUCGAGCGCGAGUGUCGUGAACGGGAGAAAGAGUGUGUGUGUGUGUGUUCGUCAGCCGCCGCGACAGGAAUAUGAGACACAAAGGAAAGGGUAGUUAGUCAGAGCCCGAGGGAGAGGGAGAGAGAGAGAGGCUCGCUGUAGGAAACCGGCGUCAUGUCCGCCGUCGAUUCGCAGCGUAGAAUUUCUCCGAGCGCGCCGUGACACCGCCCGGAACACCGUUCUCUCUCUCUCAGCAGCCAGAAGGGAAGCCGGCCGCCAUUUAAUACAGCUCGCGGCGACCGCCGGCGACCUUGGCCGAGGCCGUUUCGGCCGCGGCCCAGCGAGGACCACGAAAAUCCGCCGCCGUUAACCAGCCGACCUUGAUCAAGAGAGGGACGAUCGAGGGACAGAGAGAGAGAGAGAAAGACCGUCGUCCUCGUCGACGAUCGCAUCAUCGACGACCCACCGCUGUCAACUGGCCUCCAGCUGUCCGCUUCUUCGAGGUCAUCGGACUCAGGAUCGUAGGAGGCCGAAAUUAUUAAUACACGACCACCUGUGUGUGUUCUCUCUUCCGACUCCAUAUCAGCGCGGGGGCCCCGCUCCUCCCGCUUCAUCUCUCUUUCUCUCUCUCUCUCUCCCUCUCGCGGUCGCAGCGCGGCGGGAAGAGAGCGCGAGUGACGUUACCGUGCGGCUAAGCGACAUCACGGUAACGGUAAUCCGCGUACGAGCACCGCGACCUAGUCGGCGCAGCGGUGCGGAGCGGAGCGAGCGGCGACAGCACCGGCGUGAGCCGCGGCAACGGCAGCGGGGAUAGCCUUCGUCUUCGUCUGGAGCAACGAGAGUUCGCGCGAGGAAUUGAAAAGUGAAACUGUGUGACACACGAUCUCUCUCAGUGAGAUUCGCCGCAGCGACCUCCCUUUCGACCUCGCGAAUCCUCCUCUUGCCUUCUCUCUAGCAAUUGUUCGUCCUUUCUUUCUCCCCCGUGCUCCUCGUGUGUGUGAUCCGCGUCGUCGGUUCCAUUAUCCCCCGUCUGCCUCUCGUCCUCCCGCGAUCUCGAGGCUCCGCGCGCGAAAGGGGAGAGAAGAACGCCGCGAGUGAAAGUGAAUCUCGUUACGAUCUUCUUCUUCUUCUCCUCCUUCUUCUUCACCUCUCUCUGUCUCCCACGAGGGUGAGUCUGAUCGUCGCAUUGUGAUCGCGCGUGUCGGUUAGUGAAGGCGUCUAGUUCGCGUCAGACCGACCGCGAUGAUCCGCGUGUGAAGGAGCCAUCAUCACCGAUUAUCAUCGCCCAGGCGUAGUCCAGUCGGGACUUCCGCUGCGAACGGUCCUUUCAGGACGGUGGAGACAGGAGGGGGAGGGAGCAACGCUACUAGCUGGCGCUCACGUUGAUGGCCGAUCAUCGACGAACCAAAAAUGUAAGCCUAUUACCGUCACUACGUGUGAUUCGUAAACGAGAUGCUUCCCGAUACGCAGGCGAUACUUUAGAUUCACGAGCUGUGCGUGUCAAUGCUCUCUGUCGAGCUGAUCGAAUUAUGACCCUUACGCGCAGCCCGUGUGAGCUAGACAACAUGAGCUUGUUUCAAAACCUCAAGUUGAAAAGGGGAAAGGUCGACUCUCGAUGUAGUAGCGACGACUCCCCGGUAUCCCUCGGAUCAGAAGGCUCGCCACUCGGGAACCAGCCGGCGGACGCACCUUCACCCAUAAACUUUCCUGCUCCAGGGGAGAGCAUGGCCGACACCUCGACCCUGUCGCCGGAGGCAAACACGCCGAGCUCGCCGGGCUGCCCUGUGGUCACAGUGAAAAGCGAGUACCUGCUGGGCAGCCCGGGGACACCGCGAGGAGACUCUCUCCGUGGUGCUGGUGGCGGCGGCGGCGGCGGCGGCGGCGGCGGUGGAGGAAGCGGACAGGAAGGCCACGACGCGACGUGUCCGGACCGUGCCUCGCCCGACUCGGUCUUCCCGGACGCCAGCCCCAUGGUGAGCUUCAGGGUCGUCGACGAACCGCAGCAGCAACAACAGCAGCAACACCACCAUCAGCAGCCACAACCGCUUCAGCAGCAACGGUCCGCUACUCCCGCGCCAACCAGAUCGUCGCCCUACUCGCCGGUUCAAACGGUCUCGUCGACUCCGAUGGGUCAAGAAGCCACAUCGAGGAGCGACAGUCCGGAUAAAGGUGACUUAUCGUCCCCACAGACCAAGGAAGAGUCCGACAACUCGGUGUUCGACGGAGGUGGAGGCGGCGGUGGAGGCGGCGGUGGCAAUGCCGGUGGCGGUAGCGCUCGCCCGGAUGCCUCCAACCAACCUAGUCACCGGAAUAGCCCGUCGUCGCAGUUUAACCCGAGCCAGAGCGUCAGUCCGGGCGGCGGGACCGCGCACGGGCCGCAGCAACAAGCGCCGCAGACCUCGCCAACGCCGACGAGGCCGCGCGCACCCUCGGUACCGCCGCACUUGCUGGCGCACCAUCAUCAGUUCUGGUCGCAGAACACCGGUGUGCAGGGAUUCGCCACGCAGAGGCUACUCAACGGCGUCAUCAGCAGCGUUAGCUACGGCCAGAACGCCACCGCUGUCUCCACGAGCAGCGGUACCAGCGGGAACGCCGCCAGCUGCGUCACCACUGGUGCCACCACCACCGCGACUUCAUGCGAAGGGAUGAAACCACCGGCGCAAAGAGCAGCGCCGGCACCACCGCGGCCCCCGCCUACAGUGAUAAUGGGUGAGAUCGGCGGCGUCCGGACGAUGAUAUGGUCGGCGCCGCUGGACCCGGUACCGCCGCCUGCGGCGUCGUGGACGACGACCGCGGCGGCGGCGGCAUCGUGCUCCUCAUCGGAGGAGUCGGCCGCCCAGUUGCUGCUGAACCUCGGCCAAGAGUCCAGGGGUAAGCCGCCCACCUCGUCGGUGUCGUACUCGUCCGGACCACCGCUCAACAUGGAGAGGCUAUGGGCCGGCGAUCUCACCCAGCUGCCGGCCGCUCAACAGAUGCAGGCGCUGAACCUGACCGCCUCCGGUUCCGGCCAGCCAUGGGUGAGCAACGGCGGGGUCGUCAAGUCCGAGGCGGCCUCGCAAUCUAUAUCAAUAGCGCCGCCGGCGCCGCCGUUGCCACCCCAGGAGCACGAGGAGGACGAGACGCCUAUGAUUUGCAUGAUCUGCGAGGACAAGGCGACCGGCCUGCAUUACGGUAUCAUCACGUGCGAAGGGUGCAAAGGCUUCUUCAAGAGGACUGUACAAAAUAGGCGGGUGUACACGUGUGUAGCGGAAGGCGGCUGCGAGAUCACGAAGGCGCAGAGGAACAGGUGUCAGUACUGCCGAUUUAAAAAGUGCAUCGAACAGGGUAUGGUCCUGCAGGCGGUUCGGGAGGACCGGAUGCCUGGGGGCAGGAAUUCCGGUGCCGUGUACAACCUCUACAAGGUGAAGUACAAGAAGCACAAAAAAAGUAACAAGGCGGGCGGCGUCGGUGGCGGCAUGGGAGGCGGCAUGGGUGGCGGCGGCAACGUCGGCGGUGUGAACGGGUCGGGUUCCUUGGGUGGCACUAAAAGCACCAUGGGCUCGACCAUGUUGGACAAACACAUGGCUGCGGCCGCGGCGGCUCAUCACAGCCAGCAGCAGCAGCAGCAGCAACAGCAGCAGCAGCAGCAGCAUGCGCAGCUCGCCGGCAGCUUCCUUCAUCAUCACAAAAUCUCGUCGGGCGAUCCGCUCAACUCGCAACCUACCCCCAGCCACCCGAGCCACCCCGCGCAUACGGGCCACCUCGUCAACGGGACGAUCCUGAAGACGGCGCUUACCAAUCCCUCUGAAGUGGUGCAUUUACGGCCAAGGCUAGACAAUGCAGUAAGCAGUUCGAGGGAUCGAGCCUUUCCUCUGGACGCGACCCUAACCAUGAUCCAAACCCUCAUAGACUGCGACGAGUUUCAAGAUAUCGCCACAUUGAGGAACUUGGACGAGCUGCUGGACCAUAACUCAGACUUAAGUGAGAAGCUGUGUCAGAUAGGAGACAGCAUAGUGUACAAGUUGGUGCAGUGGACCAAAAGGUUACCGUUUUACCUUGAGCUGCCGGUUGAAGUUCACACGAGGCUGCUCACCCACAAGUGGCAUGAACUCCUCGUGCUGACCACCUCCGCCUAUCAAGCGAUGCAUGGUCAGCACAGGUUCACCAGUGUCGGUACCGACGAGACGGGUACGGAGUUUAUGCAGGAAGUGUCGAACAACAUGUAUACGUUGCAAACGUGCCUAACCAGCAUGAUGGGUCGGUCGAUAACCAUGGACCAAUUACGGCAAGACGUAGGGGUCAUGGUGGAAAAGAUCACGUACGUCACGCUAAUGUUCAGGCGGGUGAGGCUACGGAUGGAGGAGUACGUCUGUCUAAAAGUAAUCACUAUGCUCUCACAAGACGCGAAAUCACGAGGAGGUACAACGGAAUUAGAACAGAUACAAGAACGGUACAUGAACUGUCUGCGAAGUUAUGUCGAGCACAGCGCGCCUCAGCAGCCGACUCGAUUUCACGAGCUUCUCAUCAGGUUGCCCGAGGUACAAUCGGCGGCGGCUCUACUACUCGAGAGUAAAAUGUUCUACGUUCCUUUCCUAUUGAACUCAGCAAUUCAAAGAUAGUAAUUAAACAAAGUGACGAUAAACGAAGCUGAAUACCUAUAUACAUACUAUACAUAUAUAUAAAUAUAUACACACAGAAAAAAGAGUAAGAGAACCGAACAAACAGACAACAACAAACGACAACAAACGAACCGAGAAAAACGGAGAAAUAGAGCCCGUGAAAAAAAGUAAGAGAGAAAGAGAGAGAGCGAGGACUCGAGCCGAAUGGGGAAAGGCUUUGUUUGUGUAUGUAUAAUAACUAUAUAAAAGUAUAUAUAUACAUAUAUAUAUAUAUAUAAAUAAUAUAAAUAAUAUAAAUGUGUGUGUUCGUUGCGUUGUACAAACGAAGGAGGGCGGAAAGGGAAAGGAGGAAUCGUUCAGGCGGGCGAAGAAUUAAAAGGAACGAAAAGAGCAGUGGACGAUAGAAAGUAACCACGUCAGGACAGCGAAAGACGAAGAGAAGGAAAAUAAGAAAGAGAGAGAGAGAGAGAGAAAGCUGAACGAUUUAAAUAGAAUAUUAAAGAAAGAGUAUAAGAGUUAUAGAGAGUGAGAGAGCGAGAGUGUGUGAGAGAGAGAGAAAGAAAGAGAGAAAGAAAGAGCGAGAGCGAGAUUGAGAGUGAAAGAGGGAGAGAAAGAAAGCGCGCCACCUCGAGAUGGGGAAUCAAUCGAGGAGGGAACUGAACUUUUUUAUCGAAACUAAAAGACUAUAAUAAUAUAUUUCUGUACGCAAAGUACCGCGCGUCAUUGUGUGUUCACAUUGCAUAAUCCGAUCGAUAAUAAGACUCUCGUUACGUACCGCUCACCGUAGGCCACCUACUACUACUACUAUUACUACUACUACUACUACUACUAUUACAGCUACUACUACCGCCACUUUCUACUACUACUACUACUAUCGCUCUCGAAGCUAAAAACAGCAGCAGCCGCAGCCGCAGCAGCAACAGCAGAAGACACCAUAAAACGACUGAUUGAGGAGGAUCAAUAAGUCCGGAUCGAUUGACCGACUGACCGACCGAUGAUCGACGACGCGUCAUCGUCAUCCCCGGCGUCAACGAUGCAUCGUCUCACCGUCGAGUCAUCGCGAGCUACGACCAAACGUAUCGACACGCAUCUACCCAUAUGUAUACACAAACACAUUGAUACACACACACACACACAAUCUACACAUGACACAUACGAACAACACGCCUCUUCAGCAAAAGCCAGGCGCAACCCUCGUCACGACGUAUCGACGUGAUGCUCUCCUCGCGAUCGUCAUUCGUCACCAACCCUCUUCCUCGACAACCGCACCUGCACAUCGUCGCCGGCGACUGGCAUGGAGUCUUUAGGCUCUUGAUCGCGCACGCAAUCCUGCCGUCAGGAAUUGAGAAGGUAACGAAGUACGAGUCUACGUGUCCAAACCGCGAUGAAAUCGCGAUUACUUUCGGCGCGCAACACACGACGAGAUCCGAUAGAUUGAUCGAGAAAGAGAAAGAGAGAGAGAAACGCGAAAAAUCGCGAAAUUCGCGACGAUCAGCCAGCCGAAGAUGGAGAGGGCACGCGAUGUCCAGACAAGAAACGCGAGGUGACCGCGAGAAGAGGAGUCACGAAGAAAUGGAAUUGUGCGUAACGAUCGAUCGUCCUUAACAGGACUUACGGCGAUUCGUAUACUCGGUGUUUUCUCUGCACAGCCGAACUCCGCACGCAUUCGCGGAUGCGAGUAUUUAUUUCGUAUGUACUCCACGACGGUUCAGCAUCGAGUCUUUGUCAUUGUCAUCGUCUUCGUCGUCGUCGUCGUCGUCGUCGUCAUCGUUGUCGUCGUCGUCGUCGUCGUCGUCGUCGUCGUCGUCGUCGUCGUCGUCGUCGUCGUCGUCGUCAUCAUCAUCGUCGUCGUCGCCGCCACCAUUUCCGUCACUCAACACUCCGACAAAUGAUCCAAGCGUGCAACACAUAAAAAAGACUAUAUUAUAAUAUAUCCAUUCGUUCAUUUGCAUCUUCGAUGCGAUUUUUAUCGCGAUCACCGGUUUUAGAAUUUCGCGCGGUCUCCGAACGAUUCUCGAUUUUCCACUGACUCUUCGAGAUCACUCACUCAUCAAUAUCCUAUUUACUUACUCUCUUAUUUGUACGGAACAGUUUCCGUGUAGACUGAGAAUUCGCACACAACAAGCUUAACUCUAAUUAUUAUAUCGUAAUAAUAAACAAAAAUAUAUGUUAAAAAAUAUAUUUUAGAAAUAUGACGAGUCCUACUGAUGAUAGUCGAUUUAAAAGUGUUCAUAAAAUUACUAUGCCAUUUUUUUAUUAUAUAUAAUUAUAAUAAUUAAUAUAUAUACAUAUAGAGGAAUUAAGGUUUCUUGUAUUGAAUUAUUUGAUCGCGAUAUUUGAAUCAGUCAUUGUAGAAAAGCAUAAACAUCUUUUUUAUUUAAAGGUAUCUCGCUACGCGGACCUGAAGUCUGCUGCUGUCAUGUCAGAUAAUGAAUAUAACGUUAAAUUACCUUUGCAAUGAAUUUUUCAUAAACAAAUUUUUUGAAGAUUAGUCGCUUAUUACACGAGAUCUCUGUUAUGUUAUGUUCGAUAUUCAUCAGCGAAUUUUUCGCUUUGAUCUGUACGCGAUGGAGCAAUAGCGUAGCAAAAAUUGCCUAGAAAAGAGGAAUGGAAAAUCGAGUCGUGUUCGCAGUACGCGCGUCGUUUGUGUCUCUCCGAUAAUCACGAUUGAAUCACAAAGUGCGAUGAGUUCUCUCUGUUAUUCCUCGCUGAAGCGACACUUUUGUAACAUCACGGUGAAAAAGGGGAGGAAGCAAAGUGUGUGUACACGAAAACGAAACGCUACACGAGCACCGGUAUCCCGCUGUCGUAUGGAAGAGUCUAUGAAAUUUUGUUCGAAUUCAUUACUCGGGAAACUAUGUAAAGUACGAUAUAUAUAUAUUAAAAAAAAAAACACGAAAGAAUCGCUCUUCGCGUCGCAUUUUUUUACCAAACGAAAUAUAUACGUAUAUCUAUAUGCUACUUAUAUACAUGUGUGUGUAUGUGUGUGUCCACGCUGAUCGAUCAUAAUAAUCGACCAUCUCGCGAGACUGGGAUACCGGUUCGUUUCGGGAGCGGUUUGACUCGUUUAAUUAAGGAUGCAUCGCGGAGUUGCGAAAAGCGACGGAAGGGAAAAACGGUGGCUGACGCCAGUCGAUACGUCGUUCGUGUCUUGGAAGAUAUUGCUCCUUGUAUACGCAUGUAACGAUUAUUCCGCGCACGUUCUGUCGACGUGAUCGUUUCAUCUUGCCUCCAUAGAAGAUAUCGUAAAAUACGCGCUAAUCGCCCGACAAGCUCGCGACCACGAGGACGACCUGACAGGUGCAGUCUUUAUCUCGUCUCAAACACGCCUCAACUCUAUUUCCUCUUUCAUUUUUUCACGAUCCCGUUUGAACGUUUCGAACAAAGCUCCAGAAUAAUUUUAGUCGUGGAUCAAUUGUGUGUGAAGAGUUUAUUCUCAAAUCGUCUGAAAUCUAUAUAUUCUUCGAAAAUGAAGAUCAAAAAAUAAAUAUGUUAUUAAAGUUAUAACAUAUUUGUUAAGCUAUAAUCAGUAAUUCUCACUUCAAAUAUGGAUUUAAGUCGAUUCUGAGAAAUGAGUUUUUCUUCAAUUAUUCUUUUGAUAUUGAUAUUUCUCCAGAAGACUUCUAUCUUCUUCAAAGACAGUUCAUAAGACAAUUGUAUAUUCAAGAUAUUUUUCCUUACUCGAAACAAUUUUGUUCGUAAUGAGUUACAUUUUCAAAAUAGGCAAAUAAUUCUAAUGAUA